CGAGAACAGUAGCCAAUCGGGUGCGCGCGGAAGGCGGAGCCCCAGUUUCUGGAUACUUGUCCACAGCCACACGUGACGCGCUGGAGUCGCAGGCGGAGUGCAGCAUCAGUGAGUACGGACUAUGGAGCUGAAGAUGCGGUUAUGUGUGGCUCUGCUCUCUCUGAGUCUGUGUCUGGGCCUCAUGGGUCAUGUGAGGGCGCAGGAGGAGGCCGAAGACAUGGACAUGGACGUGGAAGAUGCCAUCGAUGACAUGCAAGAGGAAGAUGUUGAGGAAGAGGAACAGCAAGUCCCUUCUUCCCCGCCAGUGCCCACGGUGACAUAUAAAGCUCCAGAGCCGAUGGGAGAGCACUACUUUGCCGAGUCAUUUGAUAAAGGAACACUUCAAGGAUGGGUUUUAUCCCAGGCCAAGAAAGAUGGCAUCGAUGAGGAAAUUGCAAAGUAUGAUGGUAAAUGGGAGGUGGAGGAGAUGAAGGACACUAAACUCCCGGGUGAUAAAGGGCUGGUCCUCAAAUCUAAAGCGAAGCAUCACGCCAUCUCUGCUCUCCUCCUGCGACCUUUCACCUUUGACACCAAACCGCUCAUCGUCCAGUAUGAGGUGAACUUCCAGACUGGCAUUGACUGUGGCGGCGCUUAUGUUAAACUGCUGUCUCAAACCCCUGAUCUUGACUUGGAGGAGUUUGUGGAUAAGACGCCGUACACCAUCAUGUUCGGGCCGGAUAAGUGUGGGGAGGAUUACAAACUGCACUUCAUCUUCAGACACAAGAACCCCAAAACCGGCGAGUUUGAGGAGAAGCAUGCUAAGAAGCCCGACGCUGACCUGCGCACAUACUACACCGACAAGAAGACUCACCUCUACACACUGGUGCUGAACCCUGAUAACAGUUUUGAGAUCCUGAUCGACCAGACGGUGGUGAACAGCGGCAGUCUCUUGAAUGAUAUGACACCCCCCAUCAACCCCCCGGCCGAGAUCGAGGACCCCGAUGACCUCAAACCAGAGGACUGGGAUGAGAGACCCAAGAUCCAGGACCCAGAUGCUGUCAAACCUGAGGACUGGGAUGAAGACGCUCCUGCUAAGAUUGCUGAUGAAGAUGCUGUGAAACCUGACGGCUGGUUGGACGAGGAGCCGGAGUACAUCAGUGACCCCGAUGCCCUCAAGCCAGAAGACUGGGAUGAGGAUAUGGACGGCGAGUGGGAAGCUCCUCAGAUCCCCAAUCCUGUCUGUGAAACGGCCCCCGGCUGCGGCCCAUGGGAGAGACCAGUGAUAGACAACCCCAACUACAAGGGCAAGUGGAAGCCACCCAUGAUUGACAACCCUAAUUAUCAGGGAGUGUGGAAGCCCAGGAAGAUCCCUAACCCAGACUUCUUUGAGGACCUGCACCCGUUCCGUAUGACCCCAAUCAGCGCCGUCGGUCUGGAGCUCUGGUCCAUGUCCUCCGAUAUCUUCUUUGACAACUUCUUCGUCACCUCUGAUCGUAACGUGGCCGAGCGAUGGGCGGCUGAUGGCUGGGGGCUGAAGAAAGCAGCUGAGGGAGCCGCGGAGCCCGGCCUGAUGAAUCAGAUGAUAACCGCUGCUGAAGAGAGACCCUGGCUCUGGGUGGUGUACGUCCUGACUGUGGCUCUGCCUCUGGUGCUCAUCAUUGUCUUCUGCUGCACCGGAAAGAAGAGCUCCGAGUCCACAUCUGCAGCUGAGUACAAGAAGACAGACGCACCACAGCCAGAUGUGAAGGAGGAGGCCGAGGAAGAGGACGCCAAGGAGGAGGAAUCAGAAGCAAAGAAGAGUGAAGAAGAGGACUCCACAGGAGAAGCAGAGGAGGCUGCAGAGGAUGAUGGCAAAGAUGACAAUACAUCCAGCCAGAGAUCAGAGGACGACAUUCUGAGAAGGUCUCCCAGAAGCAGGAAACCAAGAAAAGACUAAUGGACUUCCUGAAUCUAUAUAUCCCAUCAUCCCUCUCCUCCCGCUCUAUCUCUCCUCCCCUCACUCCCUCCUUCCCUGUUCUUCUUCUCCAUCCUUGCCGCCAUGAAGAUGGUCAGAGUGAAACGGUGUGGUCUGCCUCUCGACCAGCAGCCAAACGAACGUCUUCUCAAGCGCCCUCGAGGAAGUCGAUGGUCACCAUACUGACCAUGACACUCAAAUAGCAUAGAGACUUUCUCCGUAACUAACAAUGAAACACAAUCUUUACCAUUCCUGAAGGGUCAGCUGUCACACACACACACACACACACUUCCAGACAGUGUUCCUGAACACAUGACCACACUAUGACACUCUUGGUAUUGUAAGGUUUACAGGCCAACAGCUUUAUUCCUUUGUUCUAGAAUUACUCAAGAAGCCAUUGGCGUUUGAUUGGAUAUAUGUUCAUUAUAAACUAAAACUGGCCACUUGAUUGCUUGGACAUACCCCUAGGUUUUAACUAGUUUAAUUUUCUAUUCCAUGAGGUUCAUCAUUUUGUCGUGGCGUAGACUGGACGUCCAGUAAAAGGCCAAACCAUGACCUCAGUAAGGUAUCCAGGGAGAACGCCAGGUAGAUUCGUAGGCUCUAGUGUACUGCCUUACUUGUAGGAAACAAGAUUUGCUAAUAUUUUUUUCUGUGAAUGUACUGUGAGUUUGUUUUUUUCCUUCUUUUGUUUUUGCUAUUCAAAUGGACUUUUUACUAAAUCAUGGAUUGCUGUACAAACGUGUUUUCUGGUCUUGAACUGAUGUCGAUUCUAACCCGCUCAGCCCAAUAACGGGACGAUUGACAGUUUUUACUUUCUUGCCCUCAUUGUGUUAUUUGUAACAACCUUUUUAUCUUUUCUCACUGUGAUGUCAUAUCCUGUCCAGCCAAUAUUAGCAGCAGCAGCAGCAGCUUCCAUUUCAUUGAACCAAUUAUGUUCACAUCAGGAAAGAACGAGGACUAAGAUUGAAUGUUUGAGCGUGCUUCUCAUGUCACAUUUCAGCCUGAUGGAAAAAGAAAACCAUACAAAACAGUACAAAAAAAAAUUUUUAUGCAUACUUUAGAAAUAAAAUGUUCCAAUAUUACACUAAUGAGAAUAUGCUUAAAUAUGCUUCAUUUUUAUGUUAAAUGUAUUGUUUUCUUUUGUGUUUCUGGAGAAAGCUGAAAUGUGACAUGGACUUAUUGAGAUUCACCAAUGAAAACUGUUUUCUAGAAAGUGUCACUCAGAAAGAGAAAACAUUGAAAAGAUUAUGUCCUGGGUGUAAAGCAAGCCGUAAAAGUGAUUUCCUCCUCCGUUUCACAUUGACUCCGCCCCUAAAUAUUUGACCCCAAAGAUAUGAAAAAGGCACUAUUGGGGGUUUACCCUGAUCUGAAGUAAACUAGUGUAGUUUCACUAGUAUUCUUGAAGUUACUUGUUUAUACUCUCAAAUAUGGCAAGCCGGACUCGUCUGAUCCUUUUCCAUCGACGCAGUCUGGCCAGAUGCCAUAACGUGAGCUCUACCCCAAGACUAACGAAGAGUUGGCACUUUCAAAGGUAACUGAGAAAAAAUCAAAUCACACACAGACACAAUAUCUGCUGCUCUGCUCUUAAUAUCUCCCGUUUCGUUCUCUGAUGGGCAUCAUCUCCAGCUGUAAAUGUCCUGUCUGUACACCUGCAUUUUGGGCUGUUUUUGUCUUUUUUUCUUUGUCUUUUGGAUAACCAUAUUUUCACAAAUGUAUGUAAUUAAUAGUGUGGAUGGAUAGAAGGAUGGGAGAGCAAUGGAUGGAGUGAUUUACUGGCAUCAUUGAAGUUGUGAAACCGAGAUCAUGAGUCUGGAUUGCUGGGACGGUUUGGGAAAAAUCCAUCAUGUUACUCACAAACUAAAAUAAAAUAAUGAUUUGAACGAUUGAA